AUGUAUGAAGAUUAUGAUUUUAAUAAAGAUGAAAAGUGGAAUUAAUAUAUUUAAUCAGCUGAUCAUUCUAUGUAAUAUAUAUAAUAUAUACUUAGAUCUAAAGAGAGAUUAGAAUAUUUAAAAUAGAUUUGGUACAAAGAAAAUGUUAAUAAAAAGUAUCAAAUUGAUAAUACUAAAAUAUCAAAUGUUAAAGAAGAAUCUAAAUUACCAUAUUAUACAUAUAGUACUGAAAAUAUAUUCAAAAUGUCCUUUAUGCUUUUAUUAUUCAUGUAAGGUGUAGCCUAAGUUUUUGGAUAUCUCUUCAAUUUUUUAGCAUUGCAAAGAUAAAUAAGAAAUACAUAAAUUUUAUAGAAAAAACAAUAUGUAAAACUUAUGAUAACAAAUGAAUUCUUUCAUAAUUUGGUAUUUCUGUUCCUAUUCCACUUUUUUGAGAGAAUGCAUAAUAUAUUAAUAUAUAGUCCUAUUUUAAUGCAUUCCUGGGUUGGUAUAUCAGAAUUCUUAUUCCUUCAUCAUAAAUCAAUAUAUGAAAGUAAUAAAAUUGUAUGAUUAUUAGUAUAGGAAUGUAAAGGUAUAUUGAUAAAACUAAGUAAAAUAAAGAACUUAUUAUGAUACAAAAAUAAAAAGUGGAAAUUAUGUUAUUUCCUAUCCUUUUAUUUGCUAAACUCUUCUUUGAUAUAGGCAAUUGGAUUAUUGUAAUUUUGUAUCUCAUUUUUCUAAAAUUGAAAUACCAUACAAAUAAAAGAUCAAAAGUAGCUUGGAUUUAAAUUGAUUAUUUAAUUGAAUCCAAUUUACCUAGCUUUUUUGUGUCUGCUUAUAAAGUAAUCAGAUAAAUUGCUGUACAUUUCUUUGUGGAUUGA